GAAGACAGCGGUGGUGGAGACGACAGCAGCGGUGAGAGCGGCGCCGAGAGGUUUUACGGGGCGCGGGUACAACGAAGGGGGAGCACAAAGAAGGUCGAAGAAAGCACCAUGCUGAUUCGUCAAGCUGUGAAUUCUACCCGCGAAACUCCACUCAAAAGCAAACUUGCUGAAGGAGAAGAAAAGCCAGAACCAGAUGUAAGUUCAGAGGAAUCUAUCUCCACUGUAGAAGAACAAGAAAAUGAAACUCCGCCUGCUACAUCUAAUGAGACAGAACAGCCCAAGGGAGAACCUGAGAUUGAAGAGAAGGAAGAAAAUAAGUCUUCUGAAGAAACCAAAAAGGAGGAGAAAGAUCAGUCUAAGGAAAAGGAGAAGAAAGUGAAAAAAACGAUACCUUCUUGGGCUACUCUUGCUGCCAGCCAGCUAGCCAGGGCCCAGAAACAAACAACGAUGGCUUCCUCACCACGUCCCAAGAUGAAUGUAAUUCUAACUGAGGCUAUUAAGGCAUGCUUCCAGAAGAGUGGUGCAUCAGUGGUUGCUAUUCGAAAAUAUAUAAUCCAUAAGUAUCUUUCUUUGGAGUUGGAGGGAAGGGGUUAUCUCCUUAAACAAGCACUAAAAAGAGAAUUAAAUAGAGGGGUCAUCAAACAGGUAAGAAAAGGUGCAUCUGGAACCUUCGUUGUGGUCCAGAAAGCAAGUAAAACAUCUCAGAAAUCCAGAAACAGAAAGAAGAGGAGCCCUGCAGUGGAUCCAGAACCACAAGUGAAACUGGAGGAUAUCCUCCCACUGGCCUUUAUUCGCCUUUGUGAACCUAAAGAAGCUUCCUAUAGUCUUAUCAGGAAAUACGUGUUUCAGUAUUACCCUAAGCUUAGGGUGGACAUUAGGCCUCAGCUGUUGAAGAAUGCUCUGCAGAGAGCAGUAGACAGAGGCCAGUUAGAACAAAUAACUGGCAAAGGUGCAUCUGGGACAUUCCAGCUGAAGAAAUCAGGGGAGAAACCCCUGCUUGGUGGAAGCCCAAUGGAAUAUGCAAUCUUGUCUGCCAUUGCUACCAUGAAUGAGCCGAAAACCUGCUCCAUCACUGCUCUGAAGAAGUAUGUCCUGGAGAACCACCCAGGGACCAAUUCUAAUUACCAAAUGUAUUUGCUGAAGAAAACUCAGCAGAAAUGUGAGAAGAAUGGGUGGAUGGAGCAGAUCUCUGGUAAAGGAUUCAGUGGCACCUUCCAACUCUGUUUUCCUUAUUACCCAAGCCCAGGAAUUCUAUUUCCAAAGAAAGAGCCAGAUGAUUCUAAAGAUGAGGAUGAGGAUGAGGAUGAAGAUGAAGAUGAGUCAUCAGAAGACUCUGAGGAUGAAGAACCAUCUCCUAAGAGAAGGUUGCAAAAGAAAACUCCAGCCAAGUCCCGAAGGAAAGUAGCACCCAUGAAGCAGAGAGGGUCAAAGCCUGCACCUAAAGUCCCAGCUUCCCAGCGAGGGAAAGUUAGACCCCUGCCCAAGAAAGUCCCUCCUCCUAAGGCCAAAAUUCCUGCCAAGAAAGGCAGGCUCUCAGCCUCAGUCAUCAAGAAACGUAGUGGUAGCUCCUCAAAGAAGCCAGCAGCCAGUGUGGUGAGAAAGGAAGUAAAAUUACCUAGCAAGGGUAAAUCCACCAUGAAGAAGUCCUUCAAAACAAAAAAGUAAAUUUUAUAGCAAGAAAAGGUAUCAUGAUAAAGUUCAAAAUCUUAUUUUAUAAGGUCAGUGUGCAUUUGUUUUUAGUUUUGAUGCUUAUAAAAUUUCUUUUUCCUCCCAUAUGAACAUUGCAGGGAGGGAAUAUAACAAACCAAUUUAGGCAUUUGUUAGCUUUAGGUGCUGUUUUUGGUGCCUACCCCUUCCCCAAUCAUAUUAAUUUCUGCCAUAAUCUGGGACUCUCCUGAACUAUAUAAUCUUUUUGUCCCUCCUACCCAACCUCUUUUUUUUUAAUGGUAAUAAGCUUUGGUGCCUCUCUCCUCCUCUGGCUCUUGCUAUUCCCCAUCUUAUAAAAGUUACUUCGCUAACCCUCUCUCUCCAACUAUGAACAGAGACAACUUAGCUUUGGAAAUAACCUGAAAAUACUGUGAUCACAUUUGUUUCUGAAGAUGCACAACUGCUUUGGGCCUCUUCACAUUGACAAAGUUACAGGAAUUAUUCUCUGGCCCAGAGCAUUGCAUUCCCUUCACAGCAAGCACAAGAACUCUCUACUACUUGGUUCUGACUGCAGGGGAAAUACAAGAAUAUUGUGAAUCCAGUUUCCAGUGUCACCUCUGUUACCAAAAAUCAAAAAAACAAAACCUUCUUGAUCAGAUGUUUAAAUAUAUUUUUUAGUAUUUGAA